AUGAUGCACAAAGUCCACGCAGUGCUACCACCUGGCGAUUCAGAGGAUAUCAUCAAGCGCUUGCUUGGGCAGAUGCAGACUGACUCGUCGUCUGAAAGCAAAAAGCCAGAAUCUUUGCCUGUGACAGCAGCCAAGAGCAAAGAUGCUUGCGAUCAAGUCCAAGCUUGGAUCAGGACAAAUGACUCCAAGGAUAUUUCCGCACAGCCAGCAUUUGCUAGGUUCAAGACGAAGUUGAAGAAUGAGCUGUGCAAGUGCUCUCUGACGAAAAGGGAACCGAAGUGCCCGAUGCACGGCUUAGAUAGCUCCCUUUACUCUACUGUGACCUUGGGGGACAUCAUGUACCACACGGCUGAUGCGAUCUUUGAAUCCAUACCGGCAUACGUGCCAACUGUGGCAAUGGGGCUGAGCAUGAUUCAUGAGGAUGCAAAAGGGCGGUUGGACCUUGGAGAGGAUUCCUGUCACUAUCCACCUACUUGUAGCUUCCUGCUGAUGAAGGCGAAGGAGGAGCCCGACGGAAAGAUGAUUGACGUUCCCAAUGCAGAAGCCCUGGACGUUCUCUUGAGCAUUCGUGGGGCGUAUCUUCGUGAAGGUCUUCAGGAUGUCUUGGAGAUGAUCCGGAACAUCGAUGAAUGUUACUUCGACGCUCUGACUGAUGUCAAGAAGCUGCCUGAAGUUCUACGGGGCCUACGCGGCCGGGGAAGUGGAGUCUUGGCGCUUGUGGAAGGGAAGCUGUGCAUGACCGGUGCAGAUGCAACCGUUUGGGGCAGCAUUUGGCAGACAAUCCUUCACACUUUGGGUGCCACCGGCAUGUUGCCCGCACUCUCUGACCUUUUCAGCGACGAAAUUGAAGAACCCUUUCGAGUCAAAGAAGAGGCUGAUGAAGACGGGAAAGCUGUGGAUGUAGAUGCAGUGGAAUCAGUGCCAUCGAAGUCAAGGACCAGGGACGAAGAUGACGACCCCGCAGAUGAACCAAACUCGAAAAGGCGUUUGGUGGGAUUCAUGGAAAAGGCUCGUGCAAGCGGAGAGAUUGACAUGACAGAGAUGACAGUGACCAUGAAAUCUGUCUACACCUUCUCGGAAGCUGGGUUGGUUGAGCCCAUUCACAUCGUUGACCUUAUGAACGUGAAAAAGGAGCUGGAGUUUUUCCUCAUGAAGCGUGCAAUGUCCGAGUGGGGAUCGGCCUUGGAACAUGUGACCUUGAACUAUGCUAAGAGCAUGGUGAUGUGUAAGCGGAGAUCUCCAUUUGAAGAUUCCAGCAAACACCGAAUCUAUGUCUUUGGGCAGAUCAGCAUGGAAGCAAGCAACAAGACCAUCAAGGUGGCCAGCCUCAAGCAUGUCAAUGGGCCGUGCGGCAUCAGCUUCUACUGUGGGCCCAAUGGGUAUGACAGGAUGACAUCCCAGGUUCCUUGCGCAGCGUGGCUGAUGAAAGUCGUCGGCAGCCAUGAUGAUGAUUCCGACGAUGAAGCAUCCACCAGCACUAUGGUGAAAUCCACUGAGAAAGCCACUUUGAAGGUGGCGUCCUUGUUUGACCCGGAGAAAACAUUUGAGCUCGAAUUAGAACUUCCAUACCUUCAUGCUCGACCAUUGGAUGAGUGGCAGAAGAAGAAAGAGAUGGCCAAGGCAAAGAAGCGAAAGACUGGCGCCGAAGACAGCAUGGUGCAGAUCACUCGGCCACCCUUCCUUUCAAGGAAGAGUCUUCAAGCUGCGGCCAAGGGUGACAACAUGGUUUACACGUUCGGUGGCAAGACCGCUGAGGAGAUCUUCAAGGACCCUGCAAAGAUUAAGCCAACGACCAAGAACAACAGAGAAUUGCUGGCUGACAGAGGCAACACGGGCAAAGAAGUUUCACACUUGAUGAAUUGAGUCGCUUUUCCAGGCAUGAAAUGACAGACAAACGUCAUUCAACGGUUGCCCCCCCUUGUUUUUGUGUGGUUUGAUCUCAGAUCCCACACCGUGACUGCACUGAGGGUUUUGUGACAGUUGCGACUGAAAGAAGUGUUGGAGUCCCAUUUUGGGAUUUGGAUUCUAGAUGGAUCUUGACGAAACUCGAUCCAAAGCCUAAAUUCAGUUCGUUAGCCAAAUUAUUGGCAACAUGUACCGUUCCCUGCCUUGCUGCAAGGAACAAAAGCGGUGAGAGGAG